AUGUACGUGGACUAUCUACUAAGCGGCGGUUCGACAGUGGAGCAAGCUACGAGACGCAAAGAAAUUUCCCGAGAAAUUUUACAGGACGCUACAUUUGAACUUCAUAAGUGGAGCUCCAAUGUACCGCAGUUGGAAGUUGACGAGGUUCAUCAAGUAUCUGAACUUUCUGACGAACAGUCUUAUGCAAAAACACAGCUGAUGGUGAAACCCAAAGAAUCGAGAGUGCUCGGUCUGAAAUGGGACAAACAAAGUGGCACAUUAAAGAUUUUAUUCCCAAGCGAAGAAGUACCGGCGACGAAGCGAGGUAUCUUAAGUAAACUGGCAAAGACUUAUGACCCUCUAGGGUUGGUUUCACCGCUGACCUUGGAGGGGAAACUCCUAUUCCGCGACGUGUGCGAUGCAAAACUCCCGUGGGAUGUUGAGAUUAAUAACGAACAGUUGAAACGUUGGCGAACCUGGGAACAAUCCUUACCCGUGGAGGAAGGAGUGCCGAGAUCUGUUGUGAGAUACCAGGAACCAAUUGAUGAGAUUGUAUUACAUUCCUUCGGUGACGCGUCUACGAAAGGUGUAGGGGCAGCAGUUUACGCAGUGGUUAAACAGCAGUCGGGAACGACACAGCAGUUGGUGGCAGCAAAGAGUCGGCUAGCAAAGAGAAAUUUGUUGGUCUUGAGACGGACGAUCGAGGAAUUAUAG